UCUAAAUUAACCAGAAACUUCACUGGCAUGAGGGUGGUCUUCCCAUCACAAACACGGAACCUUGAACAUCGAAUCAGCAUGCAGAAUCUUACUCUUGAGAAACCCAAAAAGAAGUCUGGAAAGAUCUGGGGUCACUCCCGAACGCUGUCAAGAGUCGAAUCACUUGGCUUUUUUUCUUCGAGCCACUUGGGCACAUCAGCUGGCUUGGCUGCUUCCCUUCAGUCCAUCCCAGAUUACGUUUACUCCCAGCUGUCCACGCCUGCGGUCUCCUCACCAGAAGGAAAGCAACUACAGUUAGACAUCUGUGCCUUGUGUGACAAAGUACAUUCAUCCUUAAAAUCCAUCCAUGAAUCCCUGGCUGUAGAGCGUGAGCGUGUCAGACAGGCUUGGGCCGGACCUGACCUUCGGCAGUCAACCUCAGACCAGUUGGCCACAUUGUGCACAACCCUCUCAGAGCUUGAGCUGCAGUCACGUUUAACCAGAGUUCACUCUGUGUCAUUGUCAUCUGAUUCCUCAGAUGAGUCCUACUGUACUGUGCGCCAGGAUCAGGACACUCCCUCUCAGGACCGUAAGCUCUCUCGUACACCUUCAGUAGCAGACUCUACAGCAGAGUAUUUUUUGAUGCCAGUGAGGUGGUUUGUGAGCAAUUUGUCUGAAAAUGAAACCUCUGAUGAAUCUGGAAUGAGUGAUGUCACCACAAGCAACUCUGAAACCAGAGGAAAGGCCACAAACACUGCAAAUAUGAAGUACAAAGCCAGUACAGAGCCCAGUUUUCCAGCACAAAUGAUUUAG